AUGGCAGAGACAGCAGUUCCUCCCCCUCCGCCCAGCACGGUCGCGCGACCAGUCAGUGAGGCACUUUUGAACGAGAAGUGGGACCGAUGCCUGUCCAACCUGCUGGUCAAAUCUACUCUCGGACUGGGCUUCGGCGUUGUGUUCUCGGUGCUCCUGUUCAAGCGAAGAGCAUGGCCCGCAUUUGUUGGAGUCGGUUUCGGUGCAGGCCGGGCGUAUGAGGAGUGCAAUUUCAGCCUGAAGCAGGCCGCCAAGGAUAUCAAGAAGCAAGCAUAG